AUGUUCUUAUUGUUAUUAAUUGUUGUGACCACAACAUUUGCUAUUAACCCAUCACAAAAAGAUGAUAUUCAAAUAAAAUUAAGCGAAAAUGCAAAGCGCAAUCUUAAAAAGUUUUUGGAUGUUUCAAAGGAAUUUAUGAUUAUGUUUUCACAUAUGUCACUCAAUAUGAAACUUAGUGUUAAUCAGAUUACUUAUUUUGUAUCCAAUAAUGAAGAGUUUAUUAUAAAUACUGAAAAAGAAAUAUUACAAAGAGUAGAAACAAUUCUUUUAAAAGGUUCAAUUUCAAAAAGCGAAUUCCUAUACCAAUGUGAAACACUAGAUUUAAUGUAUAGAAUGUUUAUUAAAACAAAUUACUUUGGGAAAUUUUUAUUUGACUUCCAAAAUAAUGUAAAUUUCUUGAAAGAUUCAGGCAAAUUUACAGAAAAUAGCAUACAUAUUAUGAACAAUGCCAUUAUUAUGGUACUUCAAAUGACCGCUAUAAAAAGAAAAAUCACGUUUGAAAUAUCAAAAGAACUUGACUUGCUUAAAAAUGAAGUAUAUGUAAAUGCAAUUCUCAGGCUUGAAAAUUACAUUGAAACACUUGGGUUAAUUGUUGAUCCAACUUUUAACAAAGAUAAUCCAGAAA